GUGUCUCUCGGCGAGCACCUUCCGCUAAGUGUGCGUGUGCCAGUGUGUACUCCAGCCGCGGCCGGACUCCGUGCUGAUACGUAACCCCUAGCAGGUGACUCCCGCUCCGUGCUUCCCGGUACCGGCCAGACUUGCAGGAUCCCACCUUAUUGGCGGUUUUGUACAUCAGCCUCCAGAAGUGAGGAGUUUUAGUCUUAAGAUGCCUAAAGAAUAUGAGCAGAGGUGAACUGAAUGAGGGGUCUCUGACUGACAUUGUCCAGGUCCUCCACUUUCAAAGCUCCAGAUGGGAACCCAGCUUUCCGUUUCUAUGUAAAGAAGCCAACUUUUAACCAAACGAUAAGUUUCCUGUGGAAAACAGCAGAAGACACUUUGUGAAUUUUAAAAUCCUGUUUCUGGUUAUCCCAGCUAUGGAUCAGUCCUUAUCGUCCUGACAGGAGCACAACUGAAAAUUGGUUAUAUUGAAAAGGGAAUUGGGAGCGUCCCCAGCAGCUGCUCUUCACGGGGCUGUCUGCUCCAGCAGAAUGUGAAGACAUUUGCCCCUUCAUAUAGUCUAGCAAAUGUCCAUGAAGUAGCAAGCUGGCUUUUGGAAAUGAAUCGGGAACUGCUGUCUGUGGGCAGCAAGAGGCGACGUACUGGCAGUUCUGUGCGAGGUAAUGCUUCUUCAAGCCAAGCAGAUGAGGAGCAAAUGAACAGAGUAGAGGAGGAGGAGGAGGAACAGCAGCAGCAUUCAAGACAGCAGGGGGAAGAGCACAUAGUGGUGAAUGGAGAGGUGGAUGGCCCCGGAAGUGUGGAGAGGAGUGACCUGCAGCAGGAGCGCUUGGAAGAAAACAAUAACAGCUGUAUGGUAGCCGAUCAUGAGUGUGAAGACCAUCCCGAGGACAGCGAGCAACAGGAGGAUGAGGACGACGAUGAGGAACAUGUUUGUGAUGUGGAGGAUGAGGAUGAAGAGGAGAUGGACCAGGACAGCGAUGACUUUGAUCAGUCUGAUGACAGUAGUAGGGAGGACGAACACAGAAACGCCAGCGAUAUUUCCAAUUCCAAUAGUAUAAUGAACAUUUCCCUUCAACAAAAGCCUAGCCCUUUCGAAACGAAAUCAAAGAUGAAGAGAAAGUUGGACCAUGGAUCCGAGGUCCGUUCUUUCUCUUUGGGAAAGAAACCCUGCAAAGUCUCCGAGUACACAAGUAUACCAGGUCUUGUGCCAUGUGCAGCCACACCUACAACAUUUGGUGACCUACGGGCAGCAAAUGGGCAAGGUCAGCAACGACGUCGAAUCACAUCAGUGCAGCCACCCUCAGGCCUUCAAGAAUGGCUGAAGAUGUUCCAGAGCUGGAGUGGACCAGAAAAGCUUCUCGCCCUAGAUGAGCUCAUCGACAGUUGUGAACCCACCCAAGUGAAGCAUAUGAUGCAAGUUAUUGAGCCUCAGUUUCAACGGGACUUUAUUUCCUUACUGCCUAAAGAGUUGGCGUUGUAUGUUCUUUCAUUUCUUGAACCUAAGGAUCUUCUCCAAGCAGCACAGACGUGUCGGUACUGGAGAAUACUAGCCGAAGACAACCUUUUGUGGAGAGAAAAAUGCAAAGAGGAUGGUAUCGAUGAACCGUUAUAUAUAAAAAGAAGAAAAGUAUUAAAACCCGGAUUCACACACAGUCCAUGGAAAAGUGCUUAUAUUAGACAACACAGAAUCGAUACAAACUGGCGACGAGGUGAACUUAAAUCCCCAAAGGUGCUUAAAGGUCAUGAUGAUCAUGUGAUUACUUGCCUCCAGUUCUGUGGGAACCGGAUAGUUAGUGGUUCUGAUGACAACACUUUGAAAGUGUGGUCAGCGGUGACUGGAAAGUGUCUUCGAACUCUUGUUGGUCAUACGGGUGGAGUGUGGUCAUCUCAGAUGAGAGAUAACAUAAUCAUCAGUGGUUCUACAGACAGGACGUUGAAAGUAUGGAAUGCAGAGACUGGGGAAUGUAUACACACUCUUUAUGGACAUACCUCCACCGUGCGCUGCAUGCAUCUACACGAAAAAAGGGUAGUAAGUGGGUCACGAGACGCCACCCUCAGAGUCUGGGAUAUAGAGACGGGACAGUGCUUACACGUUCUCAUGGGGCAUGUAGCGGCUGUCCGCUGUGUUCAGUAUGAUGGACGGAGAGUGGUUAGCGGGGCUUAUGAUUUCAUGGUGAAAGUCUGGGAUCCAGAGACCGAAACCUGUUUACACACACUGCAAGGCCAUACAAACAGAGUCUACUCCUUACAGUUUGAUGGCAUUCAUGUUGUCAGUGGAUCUUUGGAUACCUCAAUCAGAGUCUGGGAUGUGGAGACUGGGAAUUGUAUCCAUACUCUUACCGGGCACCAGUCGUUAACCAGUGGAAUGGAGCUGAAGGACAACAUUCUUGUGUCUGGAAACGCAGAUUCUACUGUUAAAAUCUGGGACAUUAAGACAGGACAGUGUUUACAGACAUUGCAAGGUCCCAACAAACAUCAAAGCGCUGUGACUUGUUUACAGUUCAACAAGAAUUUUGUAAUAACCAGCUCAGAUGAUGGGACUGUAAAGCUAUGGGACUUGAAAACUGGUGAAUUUAUUCGGAACCUGGUGACAUUAGAAAGUGGAGGAAGCGGAGGAGUUGUAUGGCGGAUUCGAGCCUCCAACACAAAGCUUGUGUGUGCUGUUGGAAGCAGAAAUGGGACUGAGGAGACAAAGCUGCUGGUGCUGGACUUUGAUGUGGACAUGAAGUGAAGGCUGGGGAAAUUUAUUUGUCCAAAUUUGUAGACUGCAUAAUCCCCCCUCCCCCCCCCCCCCCCCCCCUCCCACUUCUUCCCCAGUCCUUCCCUCCAAAAAUAUCCAUUGGCCUUGGUGAAACAGGAUCUAGGCUUGGGACAACAUGUUGCGAAGACCUACACAUGGUGAAUCAGAAGACAUCUUGUCACAAAAUGACUUCCCAUUUUGAUGUGGGCUACCUUUUUCUUUUGCAAAAAGGAGGACUCUCAAAAUGAAACCAGGUGCAAUGAUUUCUAGCAGUCUCCUAUUGGUCACAGGGGGCAACCCAGUAGCUGGGCUGUCCGGAAAGCUAGACCCUAACUAAACGCUUCAAAAAUUACUGGUUGACUUCAGAAGAGAGCAGUUGCAACAAAGUCAUUUUUUUUUCUGGUUUUUGAAAUGCUGAAAAAAAAACUGUGAAAUGUUUUUUGUUUUUGUUUUUUUUACAGUUUUAUCCCUUUUUUUUUUUUUGUGGACUAUUGCCAAUGUCAAACAAUCACAGUAUUAACCUCUGUUUCUCUACUUAUUGUUGCUUCCAUCUACAUGUUUCAAUGUAUAUGUUGCUCUGGGGUGACAAGCUUGUCUUUACGUUCUCAGAUGGAUCUAAAUCUUGAUGCUGGUGCUAGCAAGUAGGUCUUUUAUCAAUGGGAUUGUUGUCCCAUAGCUGUACUGUAUUCCCAGUGGCCAAACAUAUUUAUGCUGCUAAAUGAAAGGAGAGGAAAAAAAAAAGCAAUUUUUUUUUUUAUUAUUAUUUUACUGCUGUGACGUUUUAGUCCCAGACUGAAUUCCAAAUUUCUUCUAGUUUGGAUACAGAAAAAGACUUUUUGCCACUGAAAAUUGAAUCCACUGUGCCUCUAAGAGGCCGAAAGUGGGACAGUUUCAGACAAUUAAGAGUGAAGUUUGCUUGCAAAGAAAAAAUGGAAAAGAUUUGAGUGUGUAAAGCUUAUUUUCUUGUAAAUGUAAAGACAUUCCUUAGAACAGAGGUGUUGUGGCCUGUUCUUUUGGGAACUUUUUGUUGUGAGGCUGCGGUGAAUGUUAAAAAAUAAAAAUAAAAAAAUAAAAGCAUAACACAACUGACAAAAACAGCAACUGAUCAGACUCAAUAAAUAACAGUAUUUUGGGAGGAAAACAGCUGUUACAGUUAAACAGGGCAAGGUGACAAAUGAAGCAAGGCAAAGAUUUUUUAUUUUUUUUGCAGCGCAAGCUUCACGUGCAAAUACCGUGUACAAUUGUCAAAUACUUUGCCUCAUGUUCCAAGAGUCACAACUCAAGCUGAACUGUGAAAAGUGGUUUAACACUGUAUCCUAUGCGACCUUUUGAAUUUUUUUUUUUUUUUUUUCGUUCCUCCUCAUUCAAAUUUUUUUUUUUUGUUAUUUAUAGUCUGGUUUUAAAAUCAGAUUCCAUUUUGUUCAUUUUACAGUUCUGUAACAACAUGAUGUGAUGGAGGUAAACAAUGUUUAAAGGGAUUGUGUCUAUGGUUUGAUUCACUUAGAAAUUUUAUUUUCUUAUAACUUAAG